CUCAUUCGAAGGGAAGCUUACAUCAGACUGCAGGCAGGCAUACCUUAUGCAAUUUUCGACCUUGAACCCAAUUCCUCUUUUCGCGCUCGCGAGUGGUCAAUGGGACUGCAUUGGUCGCUGCCACUUCUCGAAUCACUACUCCCCGACGAACUGUCCUCGAGGAUUCAGGAAACAUUCGUCGAUCCUUCGCUGGACUGGUCACAGCCUCCGCUUGAUUGUAUGCGCAUGUAUAACGGAAUGACUGGAGAAAUCAUGAAAGAUGUACCCAUCAAAGGAAAGAUCGUCAGAGUAUUGAGAAAGAAAUUGAGAGCGCUAGUGGCCGAGGAUAUAGCAGUGAAGUAUAACCACUCGCUGACCGACAUUCGUUAUAAUCCUGAUAACACAGUUACUGCCAUCUUCGUCGAUGGGACCGAAGAAACGGGGUCACUGCUUGUUGGUGCAGAUGGCCCUCGCUCUGCUGUGCGCAAUCUUCUCUUCGAUGGAACAGAAGCUGCUGUCAAACCGCUGGAGAACGUUAUACACACCAAUGUUACUUUCCGUCCUGGGGACGCAGACAAGGCCAUGUUCCUACGGUCUGCACAUCCUGACCCUUCGACCUGGUCAUUCCAACUAGUUUCUGGCUGGCUAGGCUCUCGAGCAUCCUUCUCCACUCCAUCAUCUCGUCUUGCAGAGCUAAAACGCAGAGGCCAUCUCCUCUGCGAACCAUUCAGAUCUGCCUACGACUGUUUAGACGCAGAUCUAGACGUCAGAUUCGAAGAACUGGGUUGUUGGGAAACCAAAGAGUGGGAUUGUAAAAACGGAAGGGUUGUCCUGGCCGGCGAUGCUGCACAUGCCAUGCCACCUCACCGUGGACAAGGUCUCAACCAUGCAAUCCAGGAUGCAUACAACCUCGUCAAUAUCCUUGUUGCCAGCCACAAGAAUUCUUCUACCAGUUCAGACCUUCCAUCACAACUGCAGUCUUAUGCUCAAGAGGUCAGUAUCCGCGGUGGAGAGGAAGUCAGGCUGUCAAAGCAGAAUGCAUACAUGGUUCUGGAUUGGAAGUUGCUCGAGCAGAGUCCAGUAUUUAAGCACGCAUUGGAUAGAAGUCCUGCUUCAAGCAACCAGAAAGAGGCUAAAAGUAACGAUGUAGAGGAAACAAAGGAAGUCGAGGAAGCCCAACAAGAGGUCACGGCUAUGGUCGGUGCUUGA